AUGGAUGAUAGACCUUUUCCUCCCGGCUGGACUAAUACAACAAAAGAACCACCAGUAAGUACUUGGGAAGACCCAAGACCUUCAUAUUAUGCAAAUCUUGAUUACCCAGCACAAAUGCCAACAGCUGUUACUUCCACAGAAUCAAAACACGACCAUAAACCUACCGGUUCAUCUUAUCCUGCACAAGGCAAAUCAAAGAAGCUUGGUGGAUUGGCUUUAGGUGGAUUAGGUGGUAUUGCUGCUGGAUUAUUAGUGGGAAAAGCCAUACACAAGGGAUUUGGUUUUAAGGGAAUGGGUGGUUUUAAGGGCUUUAAGGGAGGUUUUAAAGGAGGUUGGAAAUGA